UUGAAUUUGAAUGUUUUUAAAUGGGGAUUAGGUGGUGGUGUUGACAAACUUUUAACUACAUCCUUUCGUCCUCUUGCUGCCUUGCACAUUAAAACAAAUCUGGCACUGCUUUAGCCGGUGAUGCUGAUGGAUCGAUCGGAUCGAGUUGCGAAAACCCGCAACAGCCCUCUCAAGAGUAAAUAUCAAACAUGUCGACUAGAGAGAGAGAGAAUAUGGAAACAUAUUCGAUUGGUAGGGAUCAUAUUCACAUAGAUGGUAUCAUGGGAAGGUGAUUGGUACUAGGGCUGGCUAUUUGGUCCCGGACUGUUUGGUUUUACUCGAAACCGGAUCGUAUAACCCGGAUCGGGAUCGGAUUGGGACUGGAUAGCAAACAAUGCAAUCUCAUAUUAGGGCUUAGAUUUGAGGUAAAAAAAACCGGAUAAGAGACCCCCAACACCUAAAACCAAGAUAAAAUUGGGACCGAACCGGGUCAAGACCGUACCGGAUCAAGACCGGACUGUAUCCAAUCCAAUCUUUGAUCCUUAUAUUCCCGAAAAGACCGGACUGAGACUGAAUCAAUUUGGUCCAAUUUAACCGGACCGGACCGUAUAGCCACUCCUAAUUGGUACUAAGGUGAACAAAACAAACCGAAAACCAAAUCAACAUCAUCUAAUCCAAACUGAUCACCAGUAAUAUAUAAGAAAAAUGAUUUUAUGGGUCGGUGCAUGUAUCAUUUUUUGAGAACCGAAGCCUUGCGGUUGGUUCAGGUAAGAUGGGAAUUCGAUCAAUGAUUUUCUGGUUAAAUAAAAAACAUGGUUCGUUUAACCCAGUCGGGUUGCAACUGGAAACCAGAUUCCCUACAACCCCUAAUCCUAUUGUUGGUCAUUAGGGCAUGAGAAAAACCGGUAUGGUCCGAUAUUAAACCGGAUAAACUGAAUGGCGACCCCAUAAUGUCCCAGACCCCAGUCCAGCCAUAUUCCAUCUAGACUCAGCCCAGCCAAGUGCCUGACCUACACGUCCAACCUUCUCAGUCCCACGGACAGCACAGCGACGGAUCCAGGACAGGGUAGAUCACACUGAGCUACCUUUGAAAAAAGACGGAGAAGGCUGGACCGUAAUAUGAAAAACACUGAAACGAAUACCAAAAAUCAAAAAUUACAAGUGAUAUACUAGCUUGAGAUCCAAAUGAGGGCUGAGUCGCGACCCGGGGCGCCCCUGUAUCCGCCACUGGCACAGCAGGAAGCCAGGUACAACCCGAUCCACCAAAAAAAUAUGAGAAACCAUAAUUUCUCCAUCUACCGACUGAUCUCAUCUCUUGGUCUCACCUCACUCACGACCGCUGCUUUACUGCUCUCACUCCAUACCUCUUGAAUAUUUGUUAUGUUAUACAAAUUGUGUAUGCAAGCAAAUACCUCAAAUAUUGGAUACAAAUGGUAAGCACAAAAUGCUCUUUUAAGUAGCUAUAUAUAUCUAAUUGACUCAGUAAAUGGUCAUCCUAAAAUCCACAAAAAAAUGAAUUAUAUCCACCAAACAAAAAAAAAAAACAAAUCAUUUUAGUUUUAGGAAUAAACAAGAACAAAAGUAAAACACAAAAUCAAUAGAAGAAAGAGAACAUUAAAAAAAAACCCCUAAAAACACCCAACCUCCCAUGGAAGGCUGCAAUUUUCCCUCUUCCUCUCUCUGUCUCGUCCAUGCAAGCCACACAUUCUCAUGCAAACCCUAAUUUCCUUCCUUUUCCCCUUUCGCCACCCUCCCAACUUCCCCACCCCCUAACUCCUCUUCCACAUUCUCAUGGAGGAUCGGGUCUCAGCCACCGCUGCCGCCGCCGCCGCUGGCUCCGACCCUUCCCGCAAGAUCUCCAAAGCUCCUUCCUUCUCCUUAUCCCUCCAACCCCGAACCACCUACGUCAUCCAGAUCCCCAAGGACCAAAUCUUCGCCGUCCCACCACCGGAGCACGCCAAGAUCGUCGAGCGCCACCGCAACGAGAAGAAGUCCUCCAGCCAAACCACCUCCGCGUGCUGCUCGUCCCGAUGCGUGUCCUGGACCAUCGCCGCCUUCGUCGUCAUCGCGGCCAUCGUCGAGGUGAGCUUCGCCAUCGCCCACGCCCUCAUCCAGCCGAAACCCCCCGUCAUCCUCAUCAACCGCCUCAACGCCAAGAACUUAACCAGCUUCAACGUGGCGGUCACCGUCAAAGAUGACGGGAAGAUGGGCAUUUCGCCCGAUGGAAAUGGAGACGUCACUUUGAUGUACAGGAAUGUCGAGAUCGGAUCCGGCCGGUUCCCCGGGGUGAGGGUCGGGGUGGGCCAGACCAAGGCGGUAGGGUUGCGGCUCAAGUGGGUCGGGAAGGGGAAGAUGCCGACGGCGGUGAAGGCAAGUGUGGCGGACAAAAAGGGGAAAGCUCCGGUUUCGUUGUCGUUGAUGAUGAGGAUUCCGGUGGUGAUGAGUGCCUCCGGGGUGAAGUCGCGAAGCAAAGAGAUCGACGUCAACUGUAAGUUGAGGGUGAGCUCGUUGGGCGCGAUUCGAGGCGUUGUUACCUCUCAAAAGUGCCAAGUCAAGUUCUUGUAGGUAGGAGAAGAGGAAAAGAGGGAGUUUAAUUCUUUGUUGAGUUUUGAUUAUGUAGACAUUGAUUAAAAAUGGUUGAAAAAUGUUUUUUCAAUAACAAUGGGGAAAAUGGAAAUUUGCAUGCAAUGCCAUGGAAGGUCAAAUUCUUGGGCAAAAGAAAAGAAUUCACUUAAUUUUUUUUGUUGUAUUGGGUUCUUUUCCUGUUUUGUUCUCAAUUUUGACCGAAAGUAUUGAUGUAGUAUGAUAUUUCUACAUAAUAGUCUAUCUGAACAAUUCAUCUUAUUAAUGUACAACACAAAGAAGAGCAUUGAUUGAGUUGUUUAUACUCUCCCUUUUAACAUUUUAAUAAUUGAUUAGAACAUUUUAGGUAUCUAAAGGAAAAUAAAUAAAUAAAUAAAUAAAUAAAUUCCUUUCUGAUGAAAGUUUAUGAUCUAUAGGUUAACGUGGCAGGAGUUAUUAAUGAAAUUGGCCAUUGUUAAACAUGAAAUCAAUUAAAAUUUCAAAAUGGCCUAAUUCUCUUCUCACUUUUAGGUUUAUGAAGCUAAAAAAAAACUUACCAUUCAAUUAUGAGAUAUGUAUCGUAUAUAAUAUAAAAAAUAAUUACAAGAAUGAUAGUUACACAUCUUAACUGUUUUGAUAUCCUUGUAAGUUUUACCUUUUAGAGUGAAGCCUAACGGAAUAAAUUAGUGCAACCGAAAACUUUCAUGCUAUUAUGAAACAUGGAGUAGUAUUGUGAAUGUCCAAUACGAGUUUUUAAUUUCCUCGAUGAAUAUCUUUAAAAAAUUACAAUUACUAAUACGUAAAACUAGUUUAUUUCCAUAUUUUAUAAAUAAAUUUUAAGCUUAAAG